GGUGGUAAUGAGGUGGAGGGUUUCGGCCACGCUCGGGUCAGGAGCCUGAUUUUGAGAAGUUUUCCAGAAACUUACGCGGUAUAAGCGAAUUAUGAUGGCACCUGGGGGGUUUGAGGAGUGGCUGCUUGCGGAUCGAGCAAUCAUAUAUAUGGGCUCCCCCCUAGACCCCGAAAGGAGCUUUUCAUUCAUCAGCAACCUUUCCUUCCUCGAACAUACUAUCUCAGGCUUCUGUGAAGCUUCAUAUCAUUCAUCUUAACCAAAUUCCCUACCAACCUCAUCCAUCAAGAUGCCUACAUUCGAGGACUCUGACUUUGGUGUCCAAACACCCCUCUCCCCCACCAAGAAGACCUCCAACAACCUGAACGUUGCCAUUCCCACUAAUGGCGAUGCCAGUGGUACCGUCAACUCCGUCGAAGUCCCAGCGACGAGGAGUUCCAUCUCCGAUGCCUCGGCCUACAUGCACAACCUCUCCCUCUCCCCGUCCAUGAGGGACAGGCGAGGAUCAAGGAACUCCUUUGGUACCUCAUUGCCUAUUCCGCGAUCAAAGAGGCAGUCGAGGCUGUCCUCCGUACACUAUCCCGAAGGCCAACCCCAGCGCCCGGGCAUGCCCCCUAUUCAGGCGUCUCGUGACAUCCUAGCCAGUCAGAUGCAGGAUCUAUCGAGUGAGAAGGUCCACGCAGCAAAGGAUAUGGCUUUCGUCUUCGACAUCGACGGUGUCCUCGUCCAUGGCGACAGGUUGAUUCCCGAGGGCAAGCGUGUCCUUGAGAUCUUGAACGGUGACAACGAGCUCGGAAUCAAGAUCCCUCACAUCUUCCUCACCAACGGCUCCGGCAAGCCCGAAGAGGCCCGCGUUGCUCAACUCUCCUCGAUCCUCAAGAACCCCAUCUCAACCGAGCAAUUCAUCCAGUCCCACACACCCAUGCGCGCUCUGGCAGACUACUACAAGACCGUCCUCGUCGUCGGUGGAGAGGGCUACAAGUGCCGCGAAGUUGCCGAAGCAUACGGCUUCCAGGACAUCGUUGUGCCUAACGACAUCAUUGCUUGGGACCCCACCAUCGCGCCAUACCGCGUCUUCACUGACGAGGAGCGCGCUACCUCGCGUCCUCGUGACUUCUCCAAGAUCAACAUCGAGGCCAUCAUGGUCUUCUCUGACAGCCGCGACUACGCCACCGAUAUGCAAAUCAUCAUUGAUCUUCUCCGCAGCGAGAACGGUCGUUUUGGCACCAUGGCCAAGGACCCCGUAUCUCAGCGUGUCCCCAUCUACUUCUCCCAGGGAGACAUGCUCUGCCCCACCGAGCACCCCUUCCCCCGCAUGUCCCAGGGUACCUUCCGCAUCGGUCUCGAGGCCAUGUACAGGGCGCUGACGGGCGUUGACCUGGAGCGUGUCGUAUACGGCAAGCCCGAACUCGCCACGUACAAGUACGCCGACGAGGUCAUCUCAAGCUGGAUGGAGACAAUCCACAACGACGAGAAGCUGCCCAAGAACAUCUACAUGAUCGGCGACAACCCGGCUUCCGACAUCGUCGGUGGAAACCAGUACGGCUGGAACACGUGCCUUGUCCGCACCGGUGUCUUCCAAGGCGGCGACAAUGACGAGGAGAACCCUGCUUCCUUUGGCGUUUUCCCCAACGUCCUCGACGCUGUCAAGACGGCUAUCAGGAAGGAGAUUGGCAAGGACUUCAAGUUUGAGUUCAACGACCAGAUCAACCCUGUCCUUCAUGGCAACGGUGCCUCGGCCAUUGAGUAGUGCACUCUCUUGGUACUGAGCUGGUAUCCUCUUCAACGGGAACCCAUUAUCUUCUCUUUGCUUUUUUUUCUUGGGGGAAGGGCGUUUGGAAACUUAGAAUUAUAUCCUGCAUAGCGCAUUGCUUGCAUAUAGAUUGACGACAUUUGGGAAGUCUAUGAACUUGAUGAUAGAAAUAUCAAACCUUUUUUACUGUUCAUACCUACCUUAUCAUGCACACUUUUGUGAUGUCCU